GGAAGUUACAAAACUGACAGCACUGAAAAGGCGCUGGCCAGAGGUGUGGCGCUCAGAACGAGCUCUACAUAUAUACAAGCAGCUCACGCUGCUGACUUUUAUUUAUUUCGUCUUUCUUUCUUUCUUUCUUUCUCUUUUUUUUGUAUUUGUUUCCUCUUCUCUUUGCACUGUCAUACUGGUCUGUGGAUGUGUACGAAGCGAAUGGGAAACCAGGCUGUGCGAUAAUCGAGCUGGAGGAGAACUCAGCACGAAGAACGUACAGGAACAUUUUUUAUUUCUUAUUUCUGUUUUUAUUCAAUAUUACUUUCUUUCUGCUCUUUCUGUGGUCUUGCUCGUCUUUCAUAUAUGCUUGCACUUUUAUUUUCUUACAAAGUAAAUGGGAAGUCAGGAGGACGUAUGAUCUCCAAGCACUGGAGCCGUUGCAGAGCCACUGACGUCUGGCUGCCCAUCAGGCAGCAGAGGAGCCAGCCAUGGGAAACGUCAAGAGCAGGAUCGUUGGGCCUGACCAAACGGCCGUGAACGUGGAUGCGGACGCACAGCUGAAAGCUAGUGACAAGGACAUCCUGGUAGUGCUGGUGGACUACCCGUCGGCAGACAUAAGUGAUCCCAUCUUCAGGAUCGGAGAAAGACUUCAGGGACUAGCUGAAGAAGGUUCUUGGUGGAAAGUCCGAUCCCUUAAAACAGGACAUGACAACUACAUUCCCAACAUACAUGUUGCAAAGGUCUACCAUGGAUGGCUGUUUGAGGGGGUCGUCCGGCAGAAGGCAGAGGAGCUUCUAAAGUUGCCUGGGAACGUGGUUGGCUCCUUCAUGGUCAGGGAAAGUCCAAAAGACAGAGGGGUAUACUCCUUGUCCGUGCGGCAUCGGGCCAUUAAGCACUAUAAGAUCUUCCGCAUGGCCAACAGCUGGUACUACAUCUCACCCAGACUCACCUUCCAGUGCCUGGAGGACAUGGUCAGCCACUACUCAGACGCUGCAGACGGCCUGUGCUGUGUGCUGACAGCGCCCUGUCUGGCCUUCUCUGCCUGCGUCCCCAGUGCUGUGGACCAGCCCCCACCCGUGGUCAUGAGGCACAACUUUGACUGGAAGAACGUGGAUAGAUCCCAGUUCCUGAGGCCCGGCUCCGCGGUCGUGGGCCAGUCCAGCGCCGACAUGGUGAGCUACGGCGUCAGGAACAGCAUCGCCGACUACCUCUCCCUGGUCGACUCCGUAGACGCAAACAGCAGCAGCGGCGGCGGCGGCAAGAACAGGACUCGCAAGAAGAAGUGCAAGUCCGUCUACGUCAUGCAGGACACUAGCGACAACUUCAUGGAAGAGGACUACGACGACUAGCUUGUGGUGGAGAGAGGCAGAAAGACUUGAAGGGAUGUUUCAGGAUGUUUUUGUUGUCAUUCAGUCAAUUGAGAAAUGUGAUAACUGGUCUGGAGGAGGCUGGCAGAGAACUGGGCAAGACCUUCAGACUUCGGGACAUUUUGUUUGUUUUUUGCUUGCACAACAUUAAACUAUUAAGGAGGACUGUGAUAACUAGCUUGUGGCGAAAGACAUUCAGGCUUUCAGGCUUUCAGGCUUCACAAUUCAUUUGACAAAUGUGACAACUGGCUUGGAGGAGGCAGAGAACUGGGCAAGAUUUUCAGGCUUACGGACAUUUUUAUAUUUUUAUUGCACCAGGUGCCUGUGCAACGUCAUUAAACUAUUGAGGUGGACUUUGAUAUGGCUAUGGCUUGGUGGAGGCAGAGAACCGGUCAAGAAUUUCAGGCUGAAGGACAUUUUUCUUUAUAUUGACGUUGCACCCCUUGCCUGUGCAACAGUCCGGGCAACAGCACUAUUGUCAAGGAUUGUGUCUGUGAUGACGAGAUUGGUGGAAGCAGAGGAAUGUUGUAGACUUGAAGGCUUCAAGACAUUUUAUUACCAUUGAACAGUUGGCUGUGCAAUGUAAUUAAAUGAUUGGUGAAAACUAUAAGAACUAACUUUAGGCAGAGAACAAUGCAAGGCUUCAAGGCUCCAUGAUGGUUUUAUUAUUCUUAUUGAUCUGUUCAGCCUGUGUAACAAAAUUACAUGAGAGAGGAGGGCUUUGGUAAAGAUUGAUGAGGCGGAACAUUUCGAGACUUGAAGAUUUGAAAAUAUUUCUAUUGUCACUGAUCAAUUACGGCAGAUGGUGUCACUGGUGGGCCUAUACACUAUUUGCUGAAAAUACUGCAUCAUAACAACAUUGCCAUGACAGUACCAAGAGCCUUAAGUAACAGAUUAAGACGUAGUCAUUUCAAUUUUGGUGACAGCAAGGUUAUAACAUUGGCUCUGCGCAAAGGGGUUAAUUGUCCUGUGAAGUUCAACAAUUGACGCACAAGAGUUCUCUCAAGGCUAUGGGAAAGAGGGAUGCAUACUUUCGGAUUGGAACAGGUCCUUUUUCUGUGCCCAAAGACAGCAGACAUUGCUUAAUCUUGGACAUGCCCAGUCCAGCACAGGGAAGAGGGGGAGAGCAAGAGACAGAGAGAGAGAGAGAGAGAGAGAGAGAGAGAGAGAGAGAGAGAGAGAGAGAAAGAGAGAGAGAGAGAGAGAGAGGAGAAACCUGGGGGAGGAACCAACCCGAUGUGUCCUCUCUGCGAAGAUUGUCAGCACACACUGAAGGCCUAAUGCUUUCCUUGGCACGGUGAUUGCCUUUCAAACAAACACACACUCUGUGUGCGUGUGUGUGUGUAUGUGUGUGUGUGUGUGUGUGCUUGCGCGAAUUUGUGUGAGUGUGGUGUGUGUGUGUGGAUCAGUGUGGGAAUACGUAUGCAAGUGAAUAAAUGCUUUUUAUUGAAGGAUGUUAUUUCACGUAUUUGUGUGUGUCGGCUAAGAUAUGUUAAAGAGUGUUUUUGGUUUAGUGUGUGUGUGCGUGUGUGCGUGUGUGCGCGUGCGUGCGUGCGUGCGUGCGUGCGUGUG